UUAGAAGUUAGAGAUAGAGAAGAUGGAAAGAAAAAUGCAGAAUUAGUAUUAAACAAGCUAUUGGAUCACGAAAGUGAGAGCAGUUUCCAUUUAAUACUUACAGCAUUGGACGGAGGGAAACCUCCCAAAACAGGAACAGCCAAAAUAUGGAUUACUGUAAUUGAUGUCAAUGACAAUGUACCAGUUUUUACUCAAGACCUGUACAUAGUGACCCUCAGAGAGAAGGCACCAAUUGGGUCUUUAGUGGUACAAGUGGAAGCCACGGACAGAGAUGCAGGUUCAAAUGGCCAGAUCAACUAUGGUUUCAGAAACAUCCCUGAACGUGCCCGGCAAAAAUUCAACUUGGAUUCACAAACUGGGAAAAUAACAAUCCGGGAAGCUCUGGACUUUGAGGAAACAGAGAAAUAUAUGAUGGCAGUAGAAGGGAGAGAUGGGGGUGGAUUGGUGGCUCACUCAAAAAUUGAAAUAAAACUAUUAGAUGAGAAUGACAACAGCCCAGAAAUGAUUCUUGCCUCCUUAUCCAGUCCGAUACCUGAAGGUUCUGCAUUAGAAACCUUAGUAGCUCUUAUCAAUGUAAAGGAUGGAGAUUCUGGAGAUAAUGGGGAAAUUACAUGUCAUUUAAAAAAUGAUUUGCCAUUCAAAGUUGUGUCAACAGCCAAUAACCUCUAUAAGCUUCUUACAGAUGGCCCUUUAGACAGGGAAAGCACUCCAGAGUACAAUAUCAAAAUCAUAGCAACAGACAAAGGCACACCUCCUCUUUCAACAGAGAUGACCAUCUCCCUGAAGAUUUCAGAUAUCAAUGACAACUCCCCUGCCUUUGAGAAAUCCUCUUACACUGCCUUUGUACCAGAGAACAAUCCUUCGGGCUCCUCUAUUUUCUGUAUUCAAGCCUCAGAUCCAGAUCUGGAACACAAUGCCCAAAUCACUUACUCCCUCCUCAGAAGCAACAUUCAGGAGCUGCCUCUCUCAUCUUACCUCUCCAUUAACUCUGAAACUGGCAUCAUCUAUGCUCAGCGCUCCUUUGACUAUGAACAGUGCAGAGAGUUUGAGGUGGAGGUGAGGGCCCAAGAUGGAGGCUCCCCACCCCUCAGCAGCACUGCCACUGUGAAGGUCUUCAUCCUGGACCAGAAUGACAAGAGCCCUCAAAUCCUUUACCCUUCUCAGGGAGCGGAGGGCUCAGCCUUGUUUGAGAUGGUGCCUCGCUCAGCGGAGGAGGGCUAUCUGGUGACCAAGGUGGUGGCGGUGGAUGCUGACUCUGGGCACAAUGCUUGGCUCUCUUACCAUCUGGUCCAGGCCACUGAGCCAGGGCUCUUCACGAUUGGGGUCCAUAAUGGUGAGAUCAGGACAUCCCGGACAUUUUUGGAAAGAGAUGCUCUCAAGCAGAAGCUGGUAAUCUUAGUGAAGGAUAAUGGCCAGCCACCACUAUCCAGUACUGUGAGUCUUAAUCUGGUCUUUGCUGAAAACUUCCAAGAGGCUCUUCCAGAAAUUAAUAGCCCAUCCAGAGACCCAGAGUAUCAGUCAGACCUCCAGUUCUACUUGGUCCUUGCCUUAGCUUUGAUCUCAUUCUUAUUCCUCCUGACAGUGAUUCUGGCCAUUCUGACAAAGCUUCGAAGAUCAGGGAGCCCCAAAUUCUUACAGUGUUUUGGUCCUGUUCCCCAUUCAAACAAUGCUGUCCUAUUCCCACCAAACUAUGAAGAAGGGACUUUGCCUUACUCCUAUCAGCUCUGUUUAUCCUCUGAGUCCAGGAUACAGGAAUUUAGCUUUCCAGCGUCCAGUGUUCAAACUGCAGGGAAUAUUGCCUGUAAUCUUAAUUCUGAUGUGCUUUUGACAGCUGAUCAAGGAAACAUUCUAAAUUCAGAAAUGGAUAAAGCUGAUAGGAUACAGCUUGCAACUUUCCAUCUUAGCUUCACAGUGUCGCUGUUGGCCAACACAGAUCUCAGGGAGGAAUUGCCAGGCUUGGAAUGGCUCAUAUUCACUGCAGAUCAGGGAAACAGCAGAAGACAGGGACGUGCAAACACAUCAGCUUAA